AUGUACAAAACAAUAGAUAAAAACAUUAAAUCCUUGAAGACCGUUUUUUUUAUAAUUUUUAUUUGUUUAUAUUUAAAAGUAUCAAAAUGUGAAGAAGAAUAUAUUGAUUUAAAAAAUAAUUAUAUUGAAGGAAUAGUUAAAGCUAAUAGCGAUAUUUUAUUAAAUUGUACUGUUUAUUUAGACUCGGAAACUUAUACAAAACCAAAAAGUAAUGGAAAAUUUGUUUUCACUAAUGUAAAUGAAGGAGCAUACACUUUAUUCAUUAAUCAUCCUUAUUUAGAAUUUAAUAAGUUUCAUGUUGAAGUUAAGCAUAAAAUGACAAAAAAUAAUCACAAAAUAUAUAUAGUACAAGCAUACGAACUUAUAUUACCUUUUGAAAAAAAUAAUUUAAUGGUAAAUAACAUUGUCUUUGAAAUAAAAAACUUUUAUGAGUUCCUUAUGCCUCAAAAAACCUUUUCUUUAUUUAAAUUAUUAAAAAGCCCUCUCUUCUUAACUUUUCUUUUUUUCUUAAUUUUACUAUGUUUACUACCUCAAAUGCAAAAAAUAUCUGAAUCAGCUAAUGAAGAAUCUUUUAGCCAAAUUACAUAUAAAUCAAACUUUUUAGAAUCUGUUAAAUAA